AUGUUUUUGUUCAAUUUUAUGAACAUAACAGAAAUAGAAAAACGAAAUUAUGCCUUGAAGCUGAGAAUCAUUGUUGCAUCACAAUUUUCAGAACUUCAUCAGUAUCUUGGAACAUUUAAUUCAGAUAUGACGAAACUUUUGAUUAUCUUGGCAAUUGUGUGCCUUAUUUGCAUGGUGCUUGUAAACGCACAAGGAAAUGGUAAUGGAAAUGGAAAUGGAGGAAAUGGAGGAGGAAGACCAAAUCAAGGAGCUGGAAGGUUCCACGAUGGCUCUGAUGGUUUUGGUGACUUCUUCGAACAGAUAUUGGGUUAACUUGCAGCGAUGACUUCUUGACAAGAAGCUCUUAAUCGAGCCUAAUAUCAACCGAAUGUUUUUGCAAAGAAAUUAAGAUUUUUAAUAAAACUUUGGAAUAACUCAAAAAGCAUUUUUUUUAAAUAAAUAUCACCAGCAUAAUAAGCAGCGCAAAAUUAAUAAAUUCUGUUAUGGAGUUCAACUGACUGAAAAUAAGUGACGUUUAAUAAAAUACAAUCACGA